AUGAGACUGUCAUGUCGUUUCCUUUUGCAUCACUUUAAUCCUUCUUUCACUCUUAAACCAUUGACUGAACAUUCAAAGUCGCUUUCUUAUUUGAGUUUCUAUUUCUUUGUAGCUGUUGGUUGUCCAGGUCAUACUUCUAUGCUGCUUUCCUGGCUCCCGUGGCGAUCAUCCUUACCUUCAACCUUAUCAUGUUUUCUCUCGUUAUCUGCCAUCUUAUCUCAAUGCAACAUAACGAGAGAUUUGAACACAAAUCAAGAAAAAUACGUGCUUUUGGUAUCGCUGGUUUAUUCUUUCUACUUGGGCUGUCGUGGGUCUUAGCAUUCUUGGCGUUUGGUGAAGCAGCCAAAGUGUUUCAAUUUCUUUUUGUUACUUUUAAUACUCUGCAAGGAAUGUUUAUCUUCCUAUUCUACUGCUUAUUCAAGGAAGAUGCCAGAGAUGUCAUCUGCUUGUUUGUAUGUAAACGAAAAUCAUGGAAGCCUAGGCAAGUUCGAAAGAAUAUUAAAACUCCAAGUUCUGGUGAUGAAACAGAAGAUAAAACAACAGAAACGAACUUAUAAAUAAAAACCAAACAAUGCUUCCAACAAUCGUCUUUGAUCAUAUUUUUUGUCAUAAAGCUACAUUUUCUUCCAUCACUCUAAAUUGACUUCCAAAUACGGUAGCUUUAUUUGUACUUAUCAAUACAACGCUAUGCAACUAAGAGACUGACUAUUGGCCGAUGUUGCUUGAUUUAAAAUUCUAAAGAUAUUUUCUACUAGCUUCACAAUGUAACCUUUAAUGUAAUGUUCAAUUAUACUCUUUCCUGAAUAAAUUAUUAAAUCUUC